AUUUCUUGGCGUUGAGAGCAGAUGACUUCGACGUUGGCUACUGUGAAUCUAAUCACAAGAUAGAACAAGAAGUAAACGAAAAAUGUCGGUCAGCGCAAUACAGAAAAGAACCCUCAUCUGUUUUCCAACUCGACACGUAACUUCGGUUUUCGUCCACUCUUUGCUCGUUUGCAGCAUGUCUCGUACAAAACGAAAACCCUGCCACCACCUCGCAUGACGUCGAUGCGAGGUGGCGACAGGCCGGCGGCGGUGGUCUCACUGGGAGGUGCUGGCUUCGGAUAAUAUCCUGUACUACUUUCCGUUUGCGUUUCCCUGCCGCUCCUACUGGGGGACAACGAUGAUGAUGUUCAACUUGAUUCAUCCCAGGCGAUCCCAGUUCUACAUUUCCGUAUCCCGGGUCGUCCAUCUUGUUUACUUUCUACGUAUCGAAUUUCUUCUCCAAGUAUUUCAAUUUCUAUUUCAGUCCAACCUCUACACCUUCCUAAGGAAGUGGUUCUCUCUGGUGCUAGGUUUUGGUACUUGGUACUACGAACGUAUAGUACUUAUGUCCGCGUAAGCAACUACUUGCGCAACACUAAGAGCGAUAGCAUAAGAAGCAAUCUUUCAAUGUCAAUUUGAGCACACCAUCACCAACGUAGGUCGACGCAGAGCACGACUGAAAGACCCUUAAAAAAGAGUAAACAGUAUUUUUUGGAAAUCUUCUUUUCAACAUCAUCGAUGUUAAAAUUUCAUCUCGUCUUUUUGUCAACAUACAAUUUGUAUUGCUAGAGUCGCUAUUACGUACUCUAGCACCUCCAGAACAAAAAUAAAUAAAAUGUUCGCAAAAUCCUCUUCCACGCGAUGCUUAGCCAUCAUCCCCGUGGUGGUGGUGUCGGUCCUGAUAGUCUACGCAACGCUGACCUACAACUACUACUUUCUCUACGUCCUCCACCCCGAGCCCACCUUCGCGAUUCCAGUAGGGCUUCUGUACAACUUCUUCAUCUCUUUAGCGGUGUGGAGCUACUUCAAAACUUUAUUGACCGAGCCGGGGUUUGUCACGGAGGAAUGGAGUAUAAAAGCCAUGGAGGAGGUAUCACAAGAAAAAGUGUUAACGUUAACGGAAUUUGUGAAGCAGUUAUGCUUCAGAAAAUGUGCGCAAAUUUGUAUUGCAUAGUAUGCAUGGAAGGCAAAAUUUGUAGUGCAUGACUGCCAUCUGUGAAAACGAAAACCGUUAAUGUUAACACUUUUUUGUUUGAUAGGAGGAUUUGGGCACGUUGUGCAGAAAAUGCCACAUAAAACGACCGAUACGAGCGCACCACUGCGGGACGACGAACAGGUAUGAUUUAAAGGUUUUUAAUUCUGACAUUGACACUGACUCGAAAAGCAAAAGAUGAUCCCGGCUCUCAUGCGUAGGAGCAAGCUGCAAUCAACAUAGAGCUUCAUAAUUUUCUCAUGCGCAUUGUCCAUUUAGAAAAUCGAACUCCUGAAUCAUAUCAGAUGCGUCCGCCGCAUGGACCACUACUGUCCGUGGACAGGGAACACGAUCGGGUUUGAGAACCACCGGCUUUUCAUUAUCAAAUGCAAAUAUGUCUGGGUCUGGAAGGAUCCGAACGUGUGAUGCUGCAUUCGGAUUCCAAAAAAGUCUGUAUUGCAUGACGAGCAAGAGGAGUCGACUCUGUGCUACGCGGAGAGGGCAUUUUUUGUCAUGCAGUAAACGCAUCGGGAAGCCCUCACAAGUCUGUGGUGCUAGGGCAUGCAUCACAAACAUCAUGGGUCAUGCAAAAUGUGCAUGACAAACCUGGCAGUCUUCCAACCCCAGACAUAUUCGCAAUGCAUAUUCAUCCUGUUCCUCCAAUACACCUUUUUCGCCUCUUAUCCAGGAAAAUAACUGUGUAAGUGUAACUUUCUUGGAGGAAUAGCAUCACAAGUUGGGAAGAUAUGACAAGUUGGAAGCGCUUCAAUCAUGCGCAAUUCAGCAUCACAAGUCUUUCAGAUUUUUGCAUGCAGCUUCAGACUUACCAUGACAAGUUGAAAAAGAAAGCACUUCGUUUUUCGUUUUUUGAAAGAAAGCACUUCGUUUUUUGAAGCAAAGCACUUCGUAUUUCUGAAAGAAAGAACUUCGACGUGAAUAAAAAUAGUGCAUGUGAAGAUAAGCAGCAGAUACUUCAACACCUGCGCAGCUUGCGGGGGGGUGACUCCUGUGGUCCCCCCCCACCAGCUGUGCCAUUUCUCAAAUCUCAUAGGCGUGCGCUUCUUUUUUUUUCCAGCAGAGGCUGGCGGGGAACAUAGCCAAGGGGGCCGUAGGUAGAUCUAUCUCUGGGCGUGUAGGUAGUAGAAAUCAGUCUGUGUGCCUCCGUCGCUUCUUGUGACUUACCAUAUUCUGAAAGUUCAAGUUGUGCGCUGUUUGUCCGACAAUAGUGAAGAGAAAGAAUGAAUUGCUACUGGCCGGAGGACUCUCUACGGGCCGCAGCCAAAGUCGAGCAGGAUACAAAGGUCGAGCAGGAUACAAGGUCGGAGUUGGGCGAGGACCGGGAUGCGGUCGGAGCUUGCGGAUCUUAUCAAAAAGGUACGGCCUAAGGCCUCGGGAACGCCGAACAAAGCCGCGCUCUUCUUCGUGAAACGCCCACCGCUUUUUGCGCAAUGGAUAAGAAAAAAAAUCAAAAGAAAAGAAAAUGAAAAGAAAAAAAAAAUCAUAAGAAGAAAGCAAAAAAAAAAAAAUCAAGAAAAAAAAAUCAAAAGAAAGCAGCGAAAAGAAAAGGAAAAGAAACAAUUGCAAAUCCAUGCGCAGAGAGUUUAGAAAAAAAAAAAAAAAGAAUAGCAUCACAAGUUUCCUCUGCAAGCAUGACACAGAAAACCUGUCAUGCGUAGCUAGUACGUGAAAACACGCACGAAAAUUGCCUCUGAUGCAUGUCCAGCAUGACAAGUGUAACAGUUUUGCAUUUUCUGCAACACAAAUUUACACUUACACAGUUUUUUUCUUGGAUACCUCUAUCACCCUGUUCGGCUCCGCGCUGCCCGACAUCAUCCAGCUGUUCAACGGGCGGCAGAGUUGGGACAAAAACACCCGUAUCCUGUGCAAAAGUACCGUACUGGUAUUGCAAUCAUGCAUUACAAAUUUUUUUCUCAAGGUAAAUCCGCAUUACAAAUUUUAUUUCUCUUGCUGAGGGAAUUUGUCAUGCAUUUAUACGAGUGCGAUACUUUUGCAGUUCAUAACCCGGUGGACCACGUUUUUUGAUAGCAGUUACGAGGCGUCGAACAUUCACUUAAUCAUGUUCGCGGUGACGUUAUUUAUCGCCGUGACCUUCGGUCUCUCCGUCGGCGGCUUGUACGGCACACAUCUUUACUUGCUUUUCACCAACAACACGACGCUAGAGAUGGGGGGUUUGUUCUCCAAUUCCGAGCAGUUUAACCUGGGGCUUUGCAACAACAUCGAGCAGUUGUACGGGAAAUUUGGGAUCCAGUGGUUUUUGCCGAUAAGGUUGUCGGAGGGGAAAAGGGUUUGCGACGGGUACGAGUUUCCGACGAGAGAGGACAUGUUACUCGCGUCCGACAGCGACUUCGCAAACGACCUAAAUGACGAGGUCGGGAAGGACACAAAGUUGGUCAAGAGGGGAGCGCCGGGGCAGGCGAGGUAUAAUUGCAUUUCUGCAUUACAAAUUUAUUUCUCAAGUUAAAUGCGCAUUACAAAUUUUAUUUCUCAUGCUGAAGAAAUUUGCAAUGCAAUUUAUACUAGUACGAUACUUUUGCAGUUCAUAGAGCGCCGGGGCAGGUUAGGUAUAAUCGUGAGUUGCUUCCUCAGUUUUCUGCAGUAGUAACCUAGUUUACGCGGUGGAACAUUUUUACCUAUAUGAAAUUCGGUUUCAAGUAGAUGUAGAACUUCAAUCUGUGAUGUUGCUUAUUUUCCGACCGUAUAAUUCGAAGAAACAUAGUAAUAGUUUCUCACGUAAAAAAAACUUCUACAUCAUCAACCACUACAGCAACCAAAACAAGAACCGGAUGGGGCUUGUGCCGCACAAGCAAGUCUCCGCGACGCCAAUUGGGGUAUCCGCGCCAGCAGAGCAUGAUGAUUUGGAGUCCUUGUCGGGCAGUGAGCAACGCUUGAUGAACAAGUAAGUAGGCUGCAGUUUCUCAUGGGCAAUGAUCCGGCGACGUAACAACAAGUCUCUUCUCUCAUGCUCUGAAGAUCCCCUCGUGCUCGUACUUGCAAGUAAUUGUUGUUUGCGACGAACACACGAUCCAAAAUAAAUCCGAAAAGUGAAUGUAUCCAUGCUGCUGUUCUUGCUGUCACCUACUUCCCGGCUUCUCAAGAAUCAGCUUCGUGGCUGCAUUCAUAUCGAAAGAUGAAAGAGGACGAAAAAUACUGUACUUCUAUUGUGCGAAAUUAAUACAGUGAAAGUGAUUCAUCUUCACUUUUUAUUUUGUACAAAGAAAUAAAUGGCGAAAAGUAUCAAACUGGUACUAUUCUAUCCGAAAGUGCUUUUUGUUGUCGAUAGCAGCUAUUUUUCUUCGUUUACCCGAAGGAAUUUGAUACUGGCUGAACUGAAAUUGAAAAUUUGAGAAAAAUUCGUCGAAGGUAAGAUGAUCUUUGUGUGCUAGCUGGUAGUAGUACAAAAAAGUGAUGCGGCCUACAGUCGUACUUUUUGGAAGACUUGUCAUGACUGGUAGCUAGCAUCAUCUAGGAGUGCAAUUACCGGUUCAGGCUUAGAUCACAUAACUCGAGAAGAUCUUUUAUUUUCACCUCCCUACAAGAACAAGAGCCACGACGUAAAUUUCCGUAUUUUUGUCGAUCACGUUUGAAAUUCGAAUGUACAUUCAGUUCAUCAACAACUUUCAUUUUUUUGCUUCUAGAAUUAAAUUUGCUAUGCACGUUUUUUGAGCUCCAACUGGGCCUAAUGGCGUGAAACACGUCGCUACAACACGAUCCGUACGACAAGAACGGCGCACAAAAUUUUGUAGCAUGGCAGAGUAAUACAAAUAUCAAAAAGCUUGUUUUGAGGCACCAAAGC